GACACACAGCAGGACACACACACACAGGCCAGACAGCAGCGAGCAGGACGGUUAAACAUGUCUUUAGUUUUUCUCUGAGCUCGGUGCGGCUGUUAGAAAGGGGCUAUCGGUGUGUCCGCAGCGGCGUUAGGCGUUGACAGCAGGUUAUUAUUCCAGCAGACCGUAUCAACACAUGUGUCUGUGCCACAGUAAUAAGAGCACUGCGGCUGUGCAUCUGGACUCAGGCUGCUCCUACACCCAGCGGUCCACAGGCAAGGAACAUGGAGGCUGAAGCUCCCCUCCAUCCCCAGCAGAAGGGCUAGGAGCAGCCUGAUUUCUCCAUAUUUCCCUCCCUGCCUGCUCGCUUCACCUCAUCAUGGCCAGCAGGAGUGCCACCCCGAGCCACCGGGAAGCCAGGGAUUCGGCACUGGAGACAUCUGAGGCUGCCGCUGACCCCCAGCCAGGGCCCGAUGUCUUCUGCAAGCUGUGCCUCAGUGAGCAGCCAUCUGCAGCCACCAAGGAACUGCAGAGCUGCAAGUGCAUUUUCUGCACCGCGUGUUUGCAGCAGUAUGUUCAGCUAGCCAUAAUGGAGGGUGGGGGUGCACCUAUCACCUGCCCAGAUAUGGCGUGCCAAAAGACUGGAGUGCUACUAGACUCUGAGAUAUCUAGUUUGGCUGCAGCAGAUCAGGCGGAGCUGUAUCAACGUCUGAAGUUUGAGAGAGAAGUGAAGCUGGACCCCAGUAAAGCCUGGUGCCCGGUGCUUGAAUGCCAGGCAGUGUGCAGUGUGCAGCCGAGCACCGAGGGCCAACCCGCCGCCGUGCCCUGCCCAUCCUGUCGCGCUGUCUUCUGCUCUGGCUGCAGAGGGCCGUGGCAGGACGGCCACACCUGCCCCGAGCGCCAGCCAAUCAUGUUGUCCUCACCCUCUCAUGAAAGCAGGGCCCACUCCGACAGUGACUCCGAUGUGCCCAUCAAGCAGUGUCCUAUGUGUGGUAUCUACAUCGAGAGGAAUCAGGGCUGUGCACAGAUGUUGUGUAAGAGCUGCAAACACACCUUCUGCUGGUACUGCCUGCAGAACCUGGAUGGGGAUAUCUUCCUGAGACAUUAUGAUAAGGGGCCGUGCAGAAACAAGCUGGGACACUCCAGGGCCUCGGUUAUGUGGAACAGAACGCAGGUGGUGGGUAUCCUGGUGGGAGUCAGCAUCAUUGUGCUGGUGACGUCUCCUCUCCUGCUGCUGGCAUCGCCCUUCAUCCUUUGCUGCGUGUGCAAGCCCUGCAGAGGGAAGAAGAAGAAGAAGAGGAAGAAGGACCUCAGCCAGCCAGACUCCUCCACAUCAUAGCAGCUCCCGCUCUCAUCUGCCUGCCCAGGAUCAUGCCACUAACCUCAUGAAAGCCAAGACAAGUGCACUGCAUGGUGGAAAAGAAAAUGACUUAAGGAACAAUGGGGCACUUUUUUUAUUUCUCGACAGGCUGGAACUGCAAGUGGGUCAUCCGGAUGAACAAGUACAGACUUUUAUAUGAAGCCUCAGUGAGACGGCUGCUCAGAAAUCACUCUUGAAUUGCAAGAGUAUGUACUUCAUCCGAUGGAAGUGUAUAUAUGUGGAGAAUGAAUGUAAGUCGCUCGCCUAGCUAGUUUUCAGAGGCACAACAGAUACUAAGUAGAAAUCGGUGGCUGUGAGAGUUUUUCCUGCACAGGGCUUUCUCUCUCUAACAUACACACACACACACGCAGUUCAAAGUGCAACGCCACCCUCAUGUGCCAAACGUCAUGAUGCCAAACCAGAGGUGUUAGGUGCUCAAGUGCCUCGCUCUACAGUGCCUGGUGCUUGGUUCAAUUUGUUUUGCCUUCCAUUCUAUCUUUAUCUUAUGCAAAAAAUUUUAGCAUAAUGAAAACGGACUGUCAGGAUCACACAGGGUUGUAUAUCCCGAAACAAUGCAAAACAUUCUUCGAUAAUGGGAGAAGGCAAACGGCAUCACGUGUGCACUGUUGAUUCUGUACUGAUAUGAAACACGAUAGGGCUGCAAUGGUGCACAGAGAACUCUUCCUCUGCGAAUGUUUGUUGUCUCCACCUGGCGUAUGUUCCAGACCAAAGGCUCUAAAGGAUAAUGUGUACUUUUCUAAAGUGUGUUAAUAUGUAUUUAUGGGCUAUGUGUGUAUGGUAUCAUUUCUACGUUUCUGUUGAUGUUUCUGCAUCAGAUAUUUUCUAAAAGCGCCAUUGUAAAUGAAAAUAAACAUAAUGUAUUGAACAUGCAUCCGA